CUUCCAAUGAAAUUUCUGAAUUAAACGACAAAGAAACUGUUAUCUGUAAAUUGGAGAAAAAACGUUCAAAAUCACGUUUAUCUAAAGUUGAUGAAAAUUUUAAACCUAUUAAGCAAGAUGAUGAAAAAAAGAACAUAAAGAUUGAAAAACCUAUUAAACAAGAAGAUGAUGAAAAAAAGAACAUAAAGAUUGAAAAACCUAUUAAACGAGAAGAUGAUGAAAAAAAAUACAUAAAGAUUGAAAAAGAUAUUAAACAAGAUGAUGAAAAAAAAGACAUAAAAAUCGAAAAAGUUAUUAAACAAGAAGACGAAAAAAAAGACGUUAAAGUUGAAGAAGAUCUAAAAACUACAAACAAUAUUGAUUAUUCAACAUUAACUAAGCAAGAACUUUUGGAAUUGCACAAAAAAUUGAUUGCAAUUAAUAAGAAAUUAGAAAAGCAAAAUAUUGAAUAUGAAAAGUUAUUUUGUCAGCAAGAAGAGAAAAUCAAGAAUUUACAAAAAGAGAAUCAAUUUGAUUCAAUUUAUUCUAGUUUAACGACAUCUGAAAACUCGAAGUAUACAACUCACAAUACUAGUACUACACCUUAUUUAGAUGGUUUAAAACCUGAUGUUUCUGUGACUGAACGUAAUUAUAAACCUACUUCUUCAAACGUAAUUAUUAUUGGAGAACUUAAACGAGUUAAAUUAUCUAAAGCGCAUUAUGAACAAGUAUUUAAUUAUGGAAUUAAAAUUCUUGGAA